CGCUCGGGGGUGGAGGGGGGGAUACAAACACCAAGGCUGCGGAGGCUCGCGUGUCAGUUGAAGCUCAGACGAGCUUGGAGGGACGCUAUCCCCCACUCAACAACUGAUAAGACUUUCAACUUCAACGGUACGCCCGCGACGUUGCGAACAUGUCCCAGCAGCAGCAGGCAGUGAACGGGGUCCAGCACCGGGGCAGGGUGCUGACUUUGGACAGCAUGAACCCCAACGUGAAGCGGGUCGAGUACGCGGUCCGCGGUCCCAUCGUCCAGCGGGCGGUGCAGAUAGAGAAGGAGCUGAAGGAGGGAGUCAAGAAACCUUUCACAGAAGUCAUCAAAGCCAACAUAGGUGAUGCACACGCCAUGGGCCAGAAACCAAUCACAUUUCUCAGACAGGUCUUGGCUCUCUGUGCUUACCCAGCACUGCUGGAAGACAAGUUUCCUGAGGACGCCAAGAAAAGAGCGCGGCGGAUUCUUGAGGCCUGUGGAGGCCAAAGCAUAGGGGCCUAUAGUGCUAGCCAGGGAAUUGAGUGCGUCCGUCAGGAUGUGGCGCGCUACAUUGAGAAAAGAGACGGUGGCAUCCCCUCCAACCCCGACAACAUCUACCUCUCCACUGGGGCCAGCGAUGCCAUUGUGACCAUGUUGAAGUUGCUGGUGUGUGGUGAGGGUCGUGACCGAACAGGAGUGAUGAUCUCCAUCCCCCAGUACCCCCUGUACUCAGCCGCCCUGGCAGACCUGGGUGCCGUGCAGAUCAAUUACUACCUGGAGGAGGACAGCUGUUGGAGUCUGAAUGUCAAAGAGCUCAGGAGAGCACUCAAUGCCGCGAGGGAGCACUGCAAUCCUCGUGUCCUCUGCAUCAUCAACCCCGGAAACCCCACUGGUCAGGUUCAGAGCAGGCAGUGCAUUGAAGAUGUGAUCCGAUUUGCUAAAGAGGAGCAUCUCUUCUUGAUGGCUGAUGAAGUCUACCAGGAUAAUGUGUAUGCAGAGGGCUGUAAGUUUCACUCUUUUAAGAAAGUGUUGUUUGAGAUGGGACCGGAGUACUCUAGCACAGUGGAAAUGGCUUCCUUCCACUCCACCUCCAAAUGCUACAUGGGAGAGUGUGGGUUCCGUGGAGGGUACAUGGAGAUCAUUAACGUGGACCCGGAAGUGAAGGCCCAACUCACAAAACUAGUGUCUGUGCGUCUGUGUCCACCCGUCCCUGGACAGGCUCUACUGGACCUCGUGGUGAAUCCCCCACAGCCUGACGAACCCUCUUAUGACACGUUCAUGAAGGAGCGGACAGCAGUGCUAGAUGCUCUGGCAGAGAAGGCGAGGCUAACAGAGCAGAUCUUCAACACAGUAACUGGUAUCACCUGUAACCCGGUCCAGGGGGCCAUGUACACCUUCCCUCGGAUCACUUUACCUCAGAAGGCUAUUGAUAAAGCCAAGGAGUUAGGCCUGGUUCCAGACAUGUUCUAUUGUAUGAGGUUGUUGGAGGAGGAGGGAAUCUGCCUGGUACCAGGAAGUGGUUUUGGACAGAGAGAGGGAACCUACCACUUCAGGAUGACCAUCCUACCUCCAACUGAAAAGCUGAAGGUGGUGCUGCAGAAGAUCCGGGAUUUCCAUUUACACUUCACACAAGAGUUCUCUUAA